AUGAGUCCGGUGGAUACGACGCCAUUCCCGAUAUGGCCGCGGGACUUUGUGAGCGACCUCAAGUCCGCUCCGGAAACAUUGUCGAGUUGGGAUAAUUGCAUGGCCAAAUCGUAUUGCAAAUGGCCCGUCAUCGUUGCGAUCAUUGUCGGUGCGCUCAUUGUUAUCUCCAUUCUGGCGUGCAUUAUUAAUUGCCUGUGUUGCGGCAUCCAAUGUUGUAAAUGCUGUGGAUGCUGUUCAUGCUGCUGUCCGUCUCCCCGCCGAAAGAAGGAACCAAAAUACUUGGAUGACCCAUACAAUCAACCUCCACCGAUGCCGAUAAACAAUCCUUAUCAGCCACCCGCACCCCCAUCUCUACCUACUUAUCGUGGAGCGCAGGUUGCGCGGUUUGACACUCCCCCAAGUCCUGCGGUCUCCAAAGGCAAUGAAGAUGCGUUGCCCGCGAUGCCCACGUGGGAUAGUGCCGUAACCAAGAGGGUCGACGAGACGGAUCAUCACCAAGAGGCAAUGGAGAUGGAACCUUUGAACCUUGCCAACCAAAGACCGCGUCGAAUGCCAUCCGCACCUCGAGCAAACGGAGCCGGUUACAUAGGGCCACCGCCUAUCAGGACAGGCACAGCUUUCAAUUCUCCCGGCUUUUACCCUGAUGACCAGGACGCGUAUCACGCUCGUUCCCCCGGCGGGCCCUCGCCAGGCCCUAUCUCGCCUUACGAACAACCCUAUGGUGAUUAUUCCCAGGCCUAUGGAUCCCAACCGCAUUACCUGCCAAUUGGUACCGCCGUCUCACCGUCUUCCGACGCCUCUCCUGCACCGUAUCGUCACCCAUCUCCAGCCAUCAACCACACACCGGGGAUGGCCCUGGCCACGGAUGGCGCUCGUCCGAUACCUUAUCGACAACCAUCUCCUGCCAUCCACCAAUCACCCAUCAACAGGACGAUGUCUCCUGCGAACGCAGCCCCUCCCUAUCGAGCAUUGACACCUGCAAACGCGAACCCGGCCUACAGGGCAAUGUCUCCUCCCACUCAAGAACCAGUGUAUCGGGCAAUGUCUCCCCCCAGUCACGAGCCUGUCUACAGGACCAUGUCUCCGCCUAGCCAGGAGGGGGCUUACCGCGCGAUGCCUCCUCCCAGCCAGGAGCCCGCGUACCAGGCAAUGCCCCCGCCUGGUCCUGAGCCCACUUACCGGGCAAUGCCGCCUCCGCUCAACACAGAGCCGGUUUAUAGGGAUACAUCUCCUUCCAUUCCUUCGUCACCCCCUCCGCCAUUCACAUCCAGUCCCGCUCCGUAUGAAACCGUACAAGACUCGGGCAGGCCCCCAACCUUGCUACAAAGUGGCCGGAAGGCCGUUCCCAAUUCUUUCAGGGAUGUAUAA